AUGGCGAUUCCGAGUGAAGAGAUGCCGCAUGCGAUCGAUGAGGAAGAUCUCGGCUACUGGAUUGCGCUAAUACGCGUCGUCUUCAAACGCCAAAAGGCCAAAAGGCGGGACGCUCUAACAAUCACUUCGGCCAACGUCUACUCUGACAUUGUGAAGGUGUUGGUUGGGGUAGGAGCCCAAAUUCAACGCGUCGACUUUGAAAUGGCGGAUGCCGUUGGGCGAGCAGCGAGCCAGGGUCAUUCGGCGACGAUCAGCGCUUCUAGACCGUGGAAUUUCGACUGA